AUGUCGGGACCUUCUGUGAACGAGCGCUUCCUGGUCAACCGCAAUACAAAAGCCGCACUAGGACCUUUCGACGGACGGAACGCGGCUGUCUUCUGCUUCCAAGGGGAUGAAUUUCUUGUCACUACCCUGGCACACUAUGUGCCUGCAUUCCCGUCCGCACUCCGUCACCAGUUGUACCUCCGAGAAGACUACGGUUACGGCGAGGACGACUUCACGCGUUGGCCUCAGCAGUACAGUGCUCAGUACUGUCAUUUGGCUGCUAUACGCAGCCCCGACCCUGCCUCUGACGAAUUUGGCAUCGCGUGGUGGAAGAUGACCCCUGACGCUUUUGUCACCAAGUCAGGGGAUUCGACUCUUACACCUGGCCUGGGUCUCUUGCGCAGCGACAAAUGGGAGGCCCUCAAGUUGCUAGUGGGAUCGCUUUCCCACCGAGGCUCAACCAUGCAAGCCCGACAAGGAGGUGCUGCUCCUCGCAUCCUCGCUGCACUUCUCGCUGCAAUUCAAUCGGGCCUUGAGCGACUGCGGUCUAUCCCUACCAAUCUGGCUCAGCUUACACUAUCGAUCGCACGGCUUCAGUUCGCUGUCCUGGAAACGGAUGCGAUCAUACAGUACAUGAACGUCUAUCACCCUCGUAUGCUCAAACCGGCAGCGCAGCCGACUUGCCUGGCACCGUGCAUUGGCGCGUAUACGUCGGAUCCCUCGGUGGCUCAACAGUUUCAUGCUGCCGGCCUUCCCUGUUGGUACAUCCGUCCGAGCGGAGCUUUUGUACGAGAGAACAUCUGGGAACUGGUGGAGCAAGUCGAUCCUUCUCAGCAUCUUGUGCUCCAACCACAUCCUCGGUUCACUGAACGAUUCGAGACCUCGAACAACACGGAGAGGAAGAUCAGUUUUAUCCACCAGUCAACAAUGAUCAAGUCGUGCUAUCGAGAUCCAUUUGAUGACGGGGACAGUGCCAGAGGCGACAGCUCUACCUCGGCUAGCACUGUGUCAGGUAGUAGACCGGAUGUCGUCAAUGCACCUUCACGAGCUGAUCGACGCUGGAAUCCAUACAAACAGCCUGCUGCCCGUCCAUCGCCGAAAGAAUCAGCAGGGCGGAACAAGUUCGAGCCCCUUCGAGACCGCCCAGGAAUGCCGGACGAGAUAUACACUUGGGUCAAUGCGCUCAAGUCCGUGGAUCGCUCCAACCACCCUCGAUACAAUCCUGGCCCGAGAGACUCGUACUACCUCUUGCCUGAGCCGGCUCUGCUUCUGUCUCCGGACAGGGAGGAGAGUCGACUGCAGCGCAUCUUUCACUUCAUGUUACUACGAGACGCACUUGAGCAUCGAUUCCACCAUGUGGAAGACGCCAAGGAUCUUCUGCUCUCGUCACAAGAGUGGAGAGAGGUGUUGGCCGGAAAAGUAGUCAAGACUGGCCGUCGUGAAACCAAAUCUCGUCAGAGAACAGCCGCCAUAGAAAAGGUCUUGGCGCCAGCGUUGGCAGCCUGUGGCAUUGACGGUCGCUCACUCCCGGUUCCAUUGGCGGAAGUCCCUCCCUGUUCCAAGUAUCGCAUGCGGGAGAUCAUCUGGCAGCUGGGACAAGCACAGUUCCGUUUUGAGCUCAUGGCCCUCGACCGCAGGGCCAGCGGAUUGUCUCGUGAAGCUCAGUGCAUGUCUUGUUUUCCAAGCGGGGCUUUGAUCGCCAUUGAGCUGAAGGAGAGCAAGAUGGGGAUGUGCUCGACCAUGCUUCGCGAUCGACUGCCCUAUCUGCGGUCGUUGUUGAACCUGAUGCACGAUUGGCGGGUCGUCCUCCACUAUCGCAGUGAAGGGUUCAUAUCAAGCAAACAGCACCAGGCCACGGGUAACGUUGAGCCCGACCCAAGCCUUACGGUAGCUACAAGGAGUGCUGCGGAGACCUUCGGGAAAACGCACCUCGGGAUCAUCGGGCACGUGAAGACACACGAUUCCACCAUUUCGUACCGAUUCCCAUUGUCGUCUGGGAGUCCGUCCCCUCCCCCCAUCAUACCAUCGUCGCCCGAUCUGGCGCAUCAAAACCAACCCGGGCCCUCCAACCCCUACCUCGCCCUCCCACCGCCUGAAGACGAGAUCCCCGACCUCGACGAACUGCCCUCCGAACAACCACCCUCGCCCCCACCUCACACGUCUGCCCCUACCAUGUCAGGGCAUCACCGCAUCACCCUCGCCGCCAAUCCCCCCUACUUCGAUGGCGACAAGUCCAAAUACCUGGGCUUUGUGGACGCGUGCACCACUUACAUCGGUGCCUAUCGAUCGGAGUUCUCGCAGGAUGAGACCAAAAUCCUCUUUGUCCUCUCCUACCUCCGUAACGAGAACGGCACAAGCUGCGCUGCCUCGAGAUGGGCAAUGAACUGGAAGCAGCACAACUUCGAGGGCUUCCAGGGACUAAAGGCAGGAGUCACAUCAAAGAACUUCCUGGAGGAGUUUCAGAGGGCGUUCGGGGACUCCAAUGCGGAACAAGUCGCCGCUGCUCGGCUUAUGGCCCUGCGCCAAAACAAACGGUCCUUCGCGGACUACAUCUCCGACUUUGAGAUGUUGGCCGCAGAUGCAGGCUACAAUGUGGUCGACACCACCGACGACAAAGGCGAAUACAAGAAGGGGGACCAGGAUAAUAUCCUCAUCGAGUUCCUGGAGCGCGGACUCAGCAGCGAGAUUGCCAGCCGUCUCUACAACACCGGUGUCCCUCUGCCCAAGGCCUAUGGAGCGUUCAAAGCCUGGUGCAUCAACAUCGAAGCCAAUGCUCUGCGUGACCAGCUGCGCAAAGCGUCGUAUGGGCACCCCACACAACGACCACCUCCCCAGUUCCGUCCCCAAGCGGCACCAGUGGCGCCCGCACCCGCUCCGGCCCGACCCGCUGCCAACGAACCGGUUCCGAUGGAAAUCGAUCGUACCCACGCCCGCGGCCGCAAUAUCAUCUGCUACAACUGUCAGCAGCCGGGGCACAUCGCGCGGAACUGCCCGGAACCAAGAAAGAAGCGCACAUUCUUCAAUCGGGCCACGAUGCUUGAAGAGAUCGAGAACGGGGACAAGGACAACGAGUUCCUCAAGGAGAUUGCCGAGAAGCUGCGCGAGAAGGGUUUUUGA